CGUUUGUGAACACCACAUGUGGCUAGUUUGUCUCCAAACGUAAACAACGAGGUUUUUGGAAAACUAAAUCAAAUUGAGAUGGCGGCUCGUAAAAAGAAGAAAGUUGAGAUUGUAUUCGAUCCACAAAAACGCAAAGAAUUUUUAACUGGCUUCCGAAAGCGCAAAAAUGAACGCCGCACUCGGGCAAAGGCAGAGUUGGAUCGCAAUCUUAAAGAGGAGCACAAACGUAUACGGAAAGAGGUGAAAGAUAGUUUUAAACAUCUCAAGAAGUCGUUUGAACCGCUGCGGGAACUUACUGAGGAGGAUAAGAUUGACGACUCAGAGCAAACUGAAGCGUAUGAAGAUGACGAGGUGCAAGUUAAAAUUGUGGAGCUUACCACGAAUGAUUUAGCUGCUCAACGCAACAUGCUGGGUGCCAACACAGCUGAGGAGAGCGAAGAAGAGGAAGCACCGCAGAACAGCGAAGACGAUGACGAGCAGCAGACCAAUGUCAUACCUGGGAUGGACUUCGAUAUGAAUGCCAAACGCAAUCGUAAAUCGGUAACCACAGCUGGAGAAGCAGACAGCAAGGCUAUGGAGGCAGAUAUCAAAAGCAAAAAGGACCUAGACAGACUGAUGAAAACGAAAACGCUGAAGAAAAUUAAGAAAAGCAAACUGUUCAAGCAGAAAGAGCGCAUGGACAAGAAAACCAAUCUACAGAAAACGAAACGUGACCGCAAUAACACCAUCCGAAGCGUGCCCAAGCACUUGAGAAAGAAACUGAAGCAUGGCAAAGCGACAGCCGGCGGACAGACGCGCUACCGCAAAGGUCGCCUAAUGAACAAGAAGGAACUACGACGCAAACGAAGCGGAGGCGGCGGCGAUUAGCCAUUUAGCGUUAGCCAAAAGGUUGAACGAUGUAAUUUACAUAGUAGAUAAUACAUAAUAAUGUUUAGUUAUUUCUUUUUUGUUUUACGGUUUAUUUACUAUUACACUAUUUUGAUCGAAAUAAACUGUAUAAUAUAAUUUUGCUAA